AAAUGUUGUCCACAGAACCCCCUCCAGGUCCUGGUGAACGCUAUCAUCAACAGUGGGCCACGUGAGGACUCUACCCGUAUUGGGCGUGCUGGUACCGUCAGGAGGCAGGCUGUUGACGUGUCACCCCUCCGCAGGGUCAACCAGGCUAUCUGGCUGCUGUGCACAGGCGCAAGAGAAGCUGCCUUCAGGAACAUCAAGACCAUUGCAGAGUGCCUGGCUGAUGAGCUGAUCAAUGCCGCGAAGGUAACGGUUUAUUCACUUAUAGCAUGCUCACUAUCUGAUUGAAGAUAACUUGAUAUC